AUGACAGACACGGAACCCCUAACACCCCGGGCCCGACGCAAUUCCAGCCCGGCGUCGCCUCAGGCACCAACAGUCACUCGAAUACGAGCAACCGACAAAGAGAGGAUUCCACUAGCAGCUACCACGCGCGCCCGCCGCCGAGCACAGCAAGCUGCUGACGGAAUACCCAACGAAGUUAGAGCUGCUACACAAGAAGACGCGUCCUUACGGGGAACUCAGUCCACCCAACCCCUUGGAACAAAAGCCACUCAACCCCUACCUGUGAACGCCAAUAACACUAUCACCACUGCUGCCGAAAUCCCCUACCUCAUCAGCCAGUUAAGAGACGAGAUCCUCCAACAGAAACAGAGCAUUGAGACACUCAAGCAGGGUCAGGAGACUGCUAAGAAAGAGCGUGAGGUUUUGAUCAACCAAAACAAAACCCUCCAGCAACAGGUCACAGAGCUUACAGAGCUGGUCCGGGAGCUUACUCACACCCCAGGAGCAUUAGCAGCAGCAAGACCCCCUGGGUCCACGCCCUCGAGGAUCAGCUGGGCCGCGGUGGCUGCAAGAGGAUCUACCACACAACCCCAGCCACAGACAUACAACACGCAGUCUGGAAAUGGACCGAACACGCUACGGAUCAACACCUCGCUACUGCCCAAUACUCCAACGACUGCAGCCGGAGCAUUUACAAGAUACAUGCAAACAGACAAGGCAGUUGAAAGCAUUUCCCAAGCCCUUAAAAGUCACUCCACAACCAAGGAAUGCGAAGUCUUAGGAGCUGGCACCACAAGACUUGGGUAUCUGAUCCGCUUCAAGAACGAAAGAUCCAAGGAACUAGCAAAAAGGAACGCGGAAUGGACCCAGGAGCUAGGACAGGGAACCCGAGUAGUCAAGCCACGCUUUGGGGUAGUAGUCCACCGUACGCCGACCAACGAAGUUAACAUGGAAGCAAAAGAAGAGGCGGUUCAGAAGAUUGCACAAGAGAACAGCCUCCCCAGCAGAGGGAGCCAAAUCGAAGAGAUCACAUGGCUCAAAAAGAAAGACUCGCCUCUAGGGCACUCGGCCUCCCUUGGAAUCUGGUUUGACACGGCAGAGGCAGCCGAACAAGCUGUUCAUCUUCACCAGCGACUGUUCCAAUCUCCCAUCAACUAUACUUUUGGCACUUUGCUCACGGAAUCAGCACUUCGGCCUUGGGGAUCGUCGCCUUCUGCUACUGCUUAA